GUGUCAAUGUCCUGCCGGAUACAACGGACCGCGAUGUCAGCAAACGGCGAGAAGCUUCCGUGGAAAUGGAUGGGCUUGGUACCCAGCGCUGGAAAUGUGCGACAACAGCCACCUGAGCUUCGAGUUCAUCACUAAAAAGCCAGACGGGUCGCUGCUGUACAACGGCCCUAUUGUUCCUCCGGAGCCUGACGAAAUUAUGGUUUCUGAUUUUAUAUCCGUCGAACUGGAACGUGGGAUACCUCGACUACUGAUAGACUUCGGUUCCGGUACCUUGGAGCUGAAGGUAAAGCCGAAACGAACGUUGGACGACGGCGAGUGGCACAGACUCGACAUCUUCUGGAACACGGAGACUGUGAAACUGAUAAUCGACUACUGCAAGUCCGCGGACAUCUCGGAACCGGAGGACGGCACGCCGCCGGAAUUCAACGACACCAGCUGCCAGGCACAAGGCACGAUACCGCCUUUCAACGAGUACCUAAACGUUAACGCGCCGCUACAAAUCGGCGGCCUGUAUGUCGAGCAAUUCGACCCGACCCACUACAAGUGGAAGCACAUGCCAGUUGGAAAGGGUUUCGACGGUUGCAUCAAGAAUCUGUUCCACAACAGCAAGCUCUACGACCUGGCUCACCCCGGUUUGUCGAGGAACAGCGUGGCCGGCUGUCCUCAGACCGAGGAGAUCUGCAACAACCAGGAGUCCACGUUCCGUUGCUGGGAGCACGGCACCUGCGUGGGAAGCUUCACCGAGGCCAGAUGUCAGUGCAACCCGGGCUGGACCGGUCCAGGGUGCAUGACGCCCACUAUACCGACGACUUUCAAGCCACAGAGUUACGUGAAAUACGCGUUGUCGUUCGAGCCGGACAAAUAUUCCACGCAGGUUCAGCUGAGAUUCCGCACCCGAGAGGUCCACGGCGAGCUGUUCAGAGUUAGCGACCAGCAUAACAGAGAGUACGCCAUCUUGGAGAUCAAGGACAGUAGACUGCACUUCCGGUACAAUUUGAACAGCCUGAGGACCGAGGAACGAGACAUAUGGCUGACCGCGAUAGCUGUCGACGACGGACAGUGGCAUACAGUUAGAGUGUCAAGAUACGGAUCGGCUGCGACCUUGGAGUUAGACGGUGGUGAAGGGAGAAGAUUCAACGAGACCUUCUCGUUCGAGGGACAUCAGUGGUUAUUGGUUGACAAACAGGAGGGAGUUUUCGCGGGUGGCAAGGCUGAGUACACUGGGGUUCGGACAUUCGAGGUGUAUGCAGAUUAUCAAAAAGGAUGUCUGGAUGACAUAAGGCUAGAGGGCAAGCAUCUUCCAUUACCACCAGCCAUGAACGGAACGCAAUGGGGUCAGGCAACCAUGGCGAGGAACUUGGAGAGGAACUGCCCCUCGAACAAACCUUGCGCCAAUGUCAUUUGUCCAGAGCCAUUCGAAUGCAUCGAUCUUUGGAACGAGUACGACUGCACAUGUGGAGAAGGAAAGAUUCCAUCGCCCGAUAACAAAGGAUGCAUGGACAAGAACGAGUGCAUAGAUUAUCCCUGCUUGAACGGCGGUAGAUGUAUCAAUCAGGAUCCACACUUCAGAUACAGAUGCAUCUGCCCGGACGGUUUCUGGGGUGAGAACUGCGAGCUUGUUCAAGAGGGACAGACACUGAAACUCAGUAUGGGAGCUUUGGCAGCCAUCUUGGUUUGCCUUUUGAUCAUCCUUGUUCUCGUGUUAGUAUUUGUCGUCUACAACAGAAGAAGAGAAUCUCACAUCAAGUAUCCCGGGCCCGACGACGACGUGAGAGAAAAUAUCAUCAACUACGACGACGAGGGCGGCGGAGAGGACGACAUGACCGCGUUCGACAUUACCCCGCUUCAAAUUCCUAUCGGUGGCCCGAUACCAGAUAUGGGUGGCAAGCUACCACCGUGUAAAAUACCCUACACACUAGGACCGGAGCCAAACGUGGGCAUCUUCAUAGAAGACCAUAAAAAGAGAGCUGACAGUGAUCCGAACGCGCCGCCGUUCGACGAUCUACGAAAUUACGCAUACGAGGGUGGCGGAAGUAUCGCUGGCUCGUUGUCAUCGUUAGCUUCCGGUACAGACGACGAGCAGCACGAGUACGAGUACUUGGGCGCUUGGGGGCCGAGAUUCGACAAGCUGGCCGACAUGUACGGGCCGGCAGAGGAGAGCGAAGAGGAGGACUAAGGGAACGGAGUCGCGAAGAAUCUCUACGACUCUUAAGCUCGUAACGAUCCGUACGCUCUCGGUGGGAGGGGCAGUGUUCGCGCGAGCUUAAAAUAAAAAAUAGAAAAAAGAGAAACCGAAGAAAGAGAAGAAAGAGACUAUCCCCUGAGAAACGUGUGCAGGCGAAGGAACUUUCUACAAAGAAGGGG